AUGGUGAAAUUUGUUGAUGACAGCACUUCAAAGGUACAGGGAGUUGGUGAUGUUGUUAUCAGAAGGAAGAAUGGCUCGCGUGCCAUUCUAACCGGUGUGUUGUUUGUGCCUGCAAUAAGGUACAAUCUUCUGAGUAUUGGCCACUUAAUUCAAAAGGGUUUUACGGUAGUAAUGGGAGGCUUCAAUAAGAUUGAAGUGUUUGAUAAAAAGAAAAACCUGAUCUUGAGGAGCAAGAUCUCGAAGGAUAAAACAUUUCAGAUCAACCUAGUGAAGUUUGCAAUGUGUGAAGAAUCUGGCAAGAUGAAUACUGAUACACGGACUGGUAAUGAGGAAGUUCUGGUGCACGUAGCUAUGUUUGCAGGUGCAGAACCGUUCGGUCAAGCAGAAGCCUUGAAUAUAGCAGGCGCAAAACCGAUCGGUCAAACCGAGGCCUUGAAGAAAUUUGUGUGGAAGGAUCCAAUGAGAGAAGAAGUUGAUUCAGUUAGGAAGAAUGGAAUCUGGAAGCUAGUUGGCAUUCCAAUUGGGAAGAAGAAGAAAAGCGUUGAAGGGAAUGCUGCCAAAGAAGCAUGGGGAGUCACUGGUGAACCGAGACAUGGCGAACAUCGUUCGGUCACGUCAUUCAGUCUGGGAGUCACAGGAGGACCGAGACAUGGCGAACACCGUUCGGUCACGUCAUUCAACCACACCCGACCACAACAGUCAUUCAACCGAGCAAGACGUCACUCAAGAGCAUCAAACUGGCAACCGCACUCAAACCGUUUGGUCAUGUCACUUAGUCGCUCUUUCGAACUGUUCGGUCUUGGUCGCACAGCUCGCGCAAGUUGGCAUCUGCCUUCGUUACGUGAUUGGCAGGAACAGUUGCUCAAUGGACUGGCAAGUUUGAGUGUAUCCUUGUCAGUUCUCAAUCGGACGCUGGAAUCUGCAGAAACAAAGGAGGAAAGGUUGUCGGCAUUUUUGACAGCAGCAAGAAACGGCAUUACGGAAAUUGUGUCUGAACUUCGAACUAAAAUAUCAAGUGUCGUAUAUGAAACUAGCCCUAAAAGUGAAAAUGUAUUGCUUGUGGCAGUGAAGAAUAAGCAAGUAAAUGUUGUUGAGAUGUUACGUAACAUUUUGAAAAAGGAAACUUUUGAUAGCUUAAUUUUAGAAAGGGAUAACAGAGAGAACACCGUGUUACACUUAGCAGCUGGUACAUCAAGCAACCAAAGAGCUGGUACUACCAUGCAAAUGAUAUGGGAUAUCAAGUGGUAUCAGUACAUCAGUGGUCUAGUGCCGAAAGAAUUCAUUUACAGACGCAACAAAGAUGAUAAAACUGCAUGGGAAAUCUAUGAGCUGGAACACAUUCAGAAAGUGAAAGAUUGCUCAGAGGCCCUAAAGGACUUAUCCAAUUCUGGCUCAGUUGUGGCAGCUCUCAUCGCCGGCAUCUCCUUCGCAACAUCGACCACCGUCCCCGGCAGCACCGACAACGGAAAACCUAUCUUAGGUGGCAAACCUGAGUUUGAUGUAUUUUCCAUUGCUUCCCUUAUAGGACUUGGCUUCUCCAUCACCGCACUGGUAAUGUUCCUCGCCAUACUCACUUCUCCAAAACAGGUUCAACAUUUCCACCUCAGCUUGCCCUUGAAGCUUAUUUUUGGCUUAGGUUCUCUUUUUGCAUCCGUUGCUUCAAUGCUCGUUUCCUUUUGGGCUGCACAUUUCUUUGUGCUCAAUGAAAAGUACAAUAUGAUACUCCUCCCUGUUUAUGUUGCCACUUGGUUUCCGAUCACUAUCUAUGCACUGAUGCAAUUUCCAUUUUAUGUUGAGCUUGUGAGAGCUAUUUUCAAGAAGGUGCCACGCCCAUACAGGAAUCCACACUCAUUUGUACAUCCUACUCACUUCUCUUGAUAAAUGUUCUUACCAAAUGAACCUCACUUGCCAGAUUUGUAACCUAAUCAUGUCUUGUCUUCUAAUACACAGUCUGCAUAUUUCACAUUUGAUAAGUUUCU